AUGGCUACAAAAUUUGAAGAACCUGAAUCUUUGCACCAAUUUGAAGAACCUGCACACAUUCUCUGGAAAUCGCUUCCUCCAACUCCGUGAUCGAUCAUCAACUGCCUUGUGAUUCGAUUUUUGAUCUUCGCAUUUAGAAUGCAAAUUAUUAGCAUCCAUCAUAUAUUUAGCUACGAUCAUGAUUGAUUAUGCUCUCUCCCUCUUUCUCUAUUGAAAAUUUUCUGUUAAAUCCAAAAUAGAAAGAGAAUCGCAUUCUAUCGUUUUUUAAUCUGUUUCGCUUUCUCUCGCUCUAAAAUUGUUCUUCCUUUUGCUUAGGUUUCUGAUCUAGAAUCAUUUAUUUUUGGUUUGAACUGACUUCUUUCAAAAGUUGCAAUAUUAUCUAGAUGUUUUUUCUUCCAAAUGUUUCAAAACUAUACUUAGUGUCGAAAUCCAUUAGAAUUUUGAAAGAAAAUUGGGAUUUGGUAGUGUUCGAGUCUUAAUUUUCGUUCCAUAUCUCAAUUUUGGUUCAACGUUCUAUUCCUUACCUAUUUCUACUCCGAUUUCGAUGAUAGUUUUGAAACGUUUUUGAUGAUCAAGAUAAUAUUGCAACUUCUUUGAAACGAUGAACAAGUAAAAGUUUGAAGAUAUGUGUGUAUAUAUAUUUAUUUGUAAUUUAGCUUAUGAUAUGCCAUCUUUUUGAAGAGAGAAUAAGACAGAAGAAAGCAUAAGAAAGAAAGGAAAAGAAUUCCAACAUGCUUUGAUGUUUGUAUCCAUUCAAUCUCCUGAUAUGGCAUGUCACUGUCUUGGCCUUGGGGACCGAAGAACCUUUUUUCUUUGUGGGACAUUAAAGGUUGUCUUGUACUUAUCUAAAACAGGACAUUCCCAAAAAAUCCAAAUCCUUUCUGUUGCACUUUUAUUUCAAACCUCGAGUCCAUUCAUAUUCCUCAUCUUUCUUAACCACCAAAAGAGCAUCGGAGAGAAUAUUUCCCUUUUGAACUCUUAUUGCCAAUCUUCACAGAACUCCAUGGCAGAAUGAACCUCAGUGUCUAUAUAUAUAAAGGAGUCUCUCUUUGAUGGGUCUGUAAAAAUCAUUGUUUUUAUUCCUGUUCUUCUUGUUCUUCUUGCAGUUCUAAUGGCAGGGCCUGAUUAUCAAGCCAAUCAGGAAAAGAAUGAUCUUCUGCAGAUUUUGGCAGCUCAAGGGGUUGAGUUCCUUCUCUCUGGACAAGAAAAGGUGUCUCCAAUAAUAUGUGCAGGGAAGAUGAUUUGCCUGUUGUUUUCUGCAAACUGGUGUAGACCUUGCAGGACUUUCACUCCACUGUUGGUUCAACUCUAUAACACUCUGCAAAAGAGAGAUGAAAAGCUAGAGAUUAUAUUCAUCUCCUUGGACCAUGAUAAGAAUGAAUUUGAACAAUACCUCCAGACCAUGCCAUGGCUCGCUGCACCAUACGACACCGAGCUGCAGAAACAAUUGUGCGACGAGUACCAUGUCGAUCGCAUCCCGUCAUUCGUUCCACUUUGUGGAGAUGGGAUUUCAAAACAAGAUGACUUGAUUGGCUUUAUUGAAGAUUAUGGUGCUGAAGCAUUUCCUUUUACAAGGAAGAGGAGACAAGAACUUAAGGCAAUGGACCGUGCCAAGCGUGUCGAAGGAAGACUCGAAGACCUCUUGGGGAACAAAGGACUUAACUAUGUUAUUUCCAGACAUGGAGGAAAGACACCAAUAUCUCAGCUAGUUGGUAAGACAAUAGGCCUUUAUUUUGGUGCAUAUUGGAGCCCUCCAAGUCGUUCAUUCACAGCAAAACUUUCCAAAGUAUACAAAGAAAUCAUGGACAAAACAGAAGAUCACUCUUUAGAAGUAAUCUUGGUAUCCACGGACCGAAACCUCGUCGAGUUCAAACUCAACAUAGCAGACAUGCCAUGGCUUGCAAUCCCUUACGAGGACGAGAGCCAGCAAGAGCUCUACAGGAUCUUCGACGUCAAGACGAUCCCGACACUAGUCCUGAUCGGGGCGGACGGAAAGACGGCGAGCGAGAACGGGAGAGGCUUGGUUUGCUUGUAUGGAGCGGAGGCAUUCCCAUUUACAGAAGAAAGAAUAGAGGAAUUGGAAGCAGCCGUGAGAAAGGAAGGGGAGGAAUUGGCUUCAAAUGUGGAGGAUAUAAAGCAUGAACAUGUGCUGAAAUUGGAGCUGGCGAAAGCCUAUGUGUGUGAUUUUUGCAAAAGGCAAGGCAGGUUUUGGGCAUUUUCUUGUGAUGCUUGUGAUUAUGAUCUUCAUCCAAGUUGUGUUCAGCUUAUUAGCAAUGUAUAAAAGUAGUCAUAAAGUUUAACUAAAUAAGUUAUGAUUAUUCUUUGAAUUUUUAAUACGAUCAAUGAACGAUUAGUAGCGUAAACUUCUUUUA